UCGACUGAGGAGAGUGUUUCGCCGCGAGAUUUCCCGGGGAACAAUCCGUCCCGAAAUGCUUUGCGUCCUUCUUUUUUGCAAUCGGCGCCUGGGAGUAGGAUGGGUAUCUCCAGGGAUAAUUGGCACAAACGCCGUAAGACCGGGGGAAAGCGGAAGCCCUACCACAAGAAAAGAAAGUAUGAGUUGGGGCGACCUCCUGCCAAUACUAAAAUUGGCCCCAGAAGAAUUCAUACAGUAAGAGUUCGUGGUGGCAAUAAAAAAUACCGGGCUCUGCGUUUGGAUGUUGGAAACUUCUCUUGGGGAUCUGAAUGCUGUACCCGCAAAACCAGAAUAAUUGAUGUAGUCUACAAUGCAUCCAAUAAUGAAUUGGUGCGCACAAAGACCCUGGUCAAAAAUUGCAUUGUCCUCAUUGACAGCACUCCAUACCGACACUGGUAUGAAGCCCACUAUGCCUUGCCUCUUGGGCGCAAAAAGGGUGCCAAGCUGACCCCUGAGGAGGAAGAAAUUUUAAACAAAAAACGUUCAAAGAAAAUUCAAAAGAAAUAUGAUGAACGGAAAAAGAAUGCCAAGAUCAGUAGCCUCCUAGAGGAGCAGUUCCAACAAGGAAAGCUACUUGCUUGCAUUGCCUCCAGACCUGGACAAUGUGGCCGAGCAGAUGGCUACAUUUUGGAAGGCAAGGAACUAGAAUUCUAUCUGAGGAAGAUCAAGGCCAGAAAAGGCAAAUGAAUACAUUUAUUGUAUCCAACAGGCUUAAUAAAUAUCUCAGAGUCUUGUAAAUGA